GCCACUUCACGGAAUCCCAGUCCUGAUCAAGAACAACAUCGCCACGCAUGACAAGAUGGACACGACAGCUGGUUCGCAGCUUCUCAUCGGCGCCACUGUCCCUCGAGAUGCCUUUGUCGCGCAGAAGCUCCGUGAGGCGGGAGCUGUCAUCCUAGGUAAAACCAACAUGUCUCAAUGGGCCAACUAUCGCGCUCGCGACUACAGCAUCAACGGCUGGUCAUCUCACGGAGGCCAGACACUCGCCCCAUAUCACACCAAGCAGAAUCCCUCUGGAAGUUCAAGCGGCAGUGCAGUAGCUGCUGAUUUGGGCCUCGCGUGGGCGGCGCUUGGAAGUGAGACUGAUGGAUCGAUUGUCUGUCCUGCACAGAGGAGCGGCAUCGUAGGAUUCAAGCCUACCGUUGGACUGACAUCUAGGGCUCUUGUUAUUCCAAUUUCGGAGCACCAGGACACUGUUGGACCCAUGGCGAGGACAGUCAAAGACGCAGCAUAUCUGCUACAGGCAAUCGUUGGAGAUGACCCCCAUGACAAGUACACGGCCGCAAUCCCUCGCAUACCAGACUACGUCGCCGCAUGCAAAGACACACUAGCAGGAGCCCGAAUCGGCGUCCCCUGGAAAGCCAUCGACCAAAGCCUAGAAAAAGACGCGCAUCUUGCCUCAGAAGUCCAAGUCUUUAGAGAGACGCUCGCCAUCCUAGAAGCCGCCGGCGCAACCAUCGUCGAAGCCAACUUCGACUCAGCGAUAAAGGACAUCCGCGACGCCGAAAAGGUGAUUAUGAGGGCAGACUUUUACGCCAACGUUGCGUCCUACCUCGCCCAACUCACCUCGAAUCCAAACAACAUUCACACUCUCGCCGACAUACGCGAGCAGACGCAGAAACACCCAUUAGAGACAUAUCCGCAGCGUGACACAGGUAUCUGGGACGAUAUCAUCUUUGAGCAGGGGUGGGACAACACCGAUCCGAGGUUCCAGCCGGCUUACGAGCGUCUCCAGGAACUUGGUGGCCCGGGCGGUCUCCCAGGGGUCCUGGACAAGCACAAUCUGACCGCGGUGGUGAUGCCGACAAGCAUGGCUUCGAUGUGGGCCGCCGUGAUAGGAGCCCCAGCGAUUACGGUGCCGAUGGGCCAUCACUCGGAGACGGAGCCGGUGCACGAGGAUGGUGACCUGGUGGAAACGGGACCGGGGAUUCCUUUUGGAGUGACCUUUAUGGGAGACAAGUGGUCUGAGAAGACUUUGAUUGGACUGGCAUAUGGAUAUGAGCAGAGGACCAAGGUGCGAAGCCAGCCGGUGAAGAGGGUGGCUGUACCGACGGCCGAUAUAUGAUUAGCAUGUAAAGAAAAGAAGUUAUAGAAGUAGCACCUAGAUAGCGAUUCAUGCAGCUUCCUCUGUGGAGUUUCUCCAGCGAUUUUAGAGGAGAUGAUCAACAUGUUCGAAUGAUGUCGCGGCCUUUGACACUGCGGCAUUCGAAGCAAAACCUGAACUUCAUCAUCUAUCACAGCAUCGUUAAGGGGAUCAGGAGCUGUUUGUAGUGUAGAAAAUGAGGU